AUCUGUAACUGCACUUUUGUCUUCUGUCAUUGAAUGUUGAUUUUUAUGUGAUGUUCGUUUAGUGAAGUUUCUGAUUUUUCUAAUUAAUAAUAUACUUUAUUCCCGUCUAUUAUAAGCUAAAUAAAUAUUAUUAAGAAAGAUGGCUGGUAUUAAAGGUUUGGUGUCUCUCGCAUUUUUGGGAUCUAUAGGAAUGACAUUUGUCAUACUAGCAUGUGCUCUACCACAAUACAAAAUAUGGUGGCCAUUCUUUGUAGUUUUGUUUUACGUGUUAUCUCCGAUUCCAACAAUGAUUGCUCGUCGUCAGUCCGACAGUACUGGUGGGACAAACUCCCCGUGCAUGGAAACUGCGAUCUUUAUAACUAUGGGCUUCAUUGUCAGCUCUUUUGCACUCCCUAUAGUGCUCACCCGAGCAGAUGUGAUUCAGUUGGGAGCAUGCUGCUUGACUAUUGCUGGUAACAUCAUAGUCUACCUAACGAUCCUCGGUUUCUUUACAGUCUUUGACAUGGAUGAUUCUGACUACACUAUGUGGUGAGAGAUUUAGGAGCUGCCUUUGUUAUUAACUGUAAGAGACGAUUCAAAGCAAACAAAUUUUUUGUAUUAUAGGAUAUGUUGUGGUUUUGUGUAUACUUAAUGUAAGUCUGAAAGCAAUUGGUACUUUAGUGUUAGUGUUAACAGACUGCCGUUGUGGAUACCUGGGCUUAUUUGCUAUUCAAUGCUUUUAUAUCUACAUUUAGUUUAAUACAAGUACCCUGUUUGUAAUAAUAUUACAUCAUUUUGCAUUACAAUAAUUUUAUAAUAUUUUGGUACAAUCAGUAAUUAUCAGAGUUACCCUGUCAUUAUUGGUAAUAAAUAACAUAAAACAAUAAAUAAUAUUAAAUCCUUGGAUGUGAUAUUUUAUAGUUCCACUGGAAUAAACGUAACUAUGAAAAAUAUAAUAAUUUUUAUUAUUAUUGUGUUACUUUACCAUAUUCAAUUGUUAUGUAAACCAAUGAAUCACUUAAUGUCUUAGAAUGUAUUUGAAUUUGUAUUAAAACUUCUACCAUUAAUGUUUGUUUGAAAUGUAGAAAUCGAACAAAACACGAACUUGAUUUUAAAAUCAUAAAAGAAAUGUCAAAUCAUAAUUAAAUUUUCACUUUAGGGUAUCGUGGUAGACUUUAUGACGCAAAAAAUGUUUUUACGUCUAUCCUAUUUUCUAUAGCACCUGUCUUAUCUUAGGUAAAUUAGAAAUUUCAUAACAUUUUCUAAAUUGAAUGGCAGGUUAUAAUUCAAUUAUUAUAACCAUCCACUUGAUUUGUUGGUCAUUAUUACAUCGGCAAAAGUGAAGUUAAAAUUGUGUACGAGUAAUAAUAGUCGAGUUAUCAAUAUUUUAUUAAAAAUUAAAGGUAUCUGUGCAUGGUAUUUAUUUUAGACCUUUAAGUAAAAGAGUUGUGAUUCAUAAGAUUGUUUCUCCAUUAAGGUAACAGUAAAGAUCCAUCACUGUAGCAAAUUUUUCACAAACUUCUUUGUGUAGAGCUUACAUAGAGAUGACUAAACAAUCCUGUUAAUUAUGAAUGAACAAUAAUAAUCCCAUGACAGCUAUUGACUGGAUGUGAAACCAGACAAAAAUAUCUGGGAGUGAGACAAUUUAGAUUUGGUUUAGUAACCUGAUUGAGAAUCGAAACCAAGACCUAAUUCACGUAAAGAAACAUACCUAUUACAGUGUCCUUGCCCUUGAAGCUAUUGUUGAUAAUGUCAUCCCUUAUGAUGUUCUAUAACAAUAACCAAUGACUACACAGUAUCAGUUCUAACCAACAAUAUCCAGACUAUUGUGAAUAAUUAUUUAUAUGAUUUUAACACAAAUUUUGACUGUACUGAAUUCAUUGAAUUUAAACUUUUAUUUUUGAAUCGGUCUGUUAGCUAUACAAUUAAUUGAAUUUCACUUUAUAGAUAUUUUCAAUAAUUUUCUAUGAUUAUUACUCCUUUAUUCAUUACAAUCUAAAUUAAAUUAUGAAAUAAAUUUGUGCACGAAUAUCUCCGACUACCUACAUCUUCAGAGUUCAGUAAAACCAACUAUGUUACAAAAUACAGGUGAAGCACAAUAAAAUAAAUUGAUGACUGUAAAAUAUUGUAAAAUACAGAUAACAACACAAAAAAAAUCAAUAAUAUUCGUUUACAUUAGAUGACAAUAUAGUAUAUUUUCGGUUGAUUGAAAUGUAAUAGGAAAAUGUGUAUAUUACAAAAAAGUACAUUGUAUUUUGAUAUAAAAAAAGUGCAUACGAAAAUAUUAUAAAUUUUGAGAUUUUCAUAUUUUGAUGCAAGCAUUGUUAUAAUAAAUACAUGCCCAACAUUAAAAUUCAGUUUAAUAUUAUGGAUUAAGUAAUAUUAGAGUAAGAAAAUUAUAACUUAUAAACAUAUUUUUUUAUUACCAUAUGAUAUUUUCAUUUACUUUUGUAAAAAAUUUAAAUGUAAUUUACGCCUGUUGUUAUUCCUAAAGCACAUUAAAACCAAAGGAUAAGCAGUAUUAUUCCAAUAUUUUCAAAACAAUUGGGUAAAAAAUAAAUAGAUUUUUUUUUAUAAUAGAAGCUGAUGAUCGUUUUAAUGAUGAUUUCCGUCAUCAAAUCUCACAUUGAGGGGUCUCGAAUUUAUAUUUAUUUAUUGUUUACUUUUUUGUGUGUCAAUAAAAAGAAUCAUUCACUCGUAUUUAAAAAUAUUUUUACUUAUGAUUAAAAAUAAUACCAAGUUUUAUUUCUUUUGGUAUUUCCUGGAAAAACUUGAUAUUAUGGUUUUGUUUCAUGAAUGUAGUACCAAAUAAAAGGACAUAAGAAUAAGCUACGCAGGCCUGCGUCCCUUCGAGCAAAAAGAUUGUAAAUAAUUUUUCAAAUUCAUCGCAUUUGAAAAAUUUUAUAUUAGAAGUAUAUAGUAGCAAAUUUUUUUUAUUGUAAUAUCAUAUAUUUGAAUAUCUACACAGUAUUAUAAAAAAAUGUACAAAACUAUGAAUAUUCAUUUAUUUAAGUCCAGAAAGUUAAUUUGUGAUUGCAUAGAUUAAAUUUUCUGGAUUCAUCAAUAUAAUAGCAGUGCGGACUUCUAAAUAACGUAGUUAUGAAUUUUUUUAGAUAUUUAACGCGUCAACGUGAUCUAAGAUGAGUUGAUGGACUAAACAUCCUGACAAUUUGACAAUUGAAAUAUAUUGGAAUAAUAUUUGUAUUGCCAACUAAUAUUGGUUAACAGAUUAAAAUUUUUGUUUCUUUAUUUUUUUUUAAUGUUAUCCAUAUUUUUAAUAUAUUUAUUGCAGUAAAUAAUCCAGAUCUUUAUUAGAUAUUAACUGACGAUGUUUCUGACAAGAUAUAACUCAUAAUUAUUCAAAAUACAUAGUGGCAUGAAAGCCUUUUCUUCACAGUAAUUUGAAAAAUUAAUCAUUAAAACAUUUUAUUAAUAAGUAGUUGUCUUAAUUUGAUGUCAUUACUUUUUAUGCAGUAUAUAUGUCUAAUUUUUUAUACAGAUAUAUAUGUCUAAAAAGAGAUAAUAAUAUAAUUGGUAAUAGUAAAUUCAAUGUUUUAAUAAUUUUAGACAUAUAUACAAAUGUUAAAACUCUUCAACAAUUGAUAAAUGAAGUAGUAUUAAUUAUUCUGUUUUAAUUAGACUACCACUAUGACUGUUUACUGUAAUUUAAAAAUACAUGUUUUAAAAUGAAAAUGAUAUAAAAAUUAAACUGCAAUUUGAUUUCGUCUUUCGGCAUUUAGGUUUUAAUAGAUGCUGCACGAAGUAUUACCAAACGAAAUUACAUAUUAUGAUCAGAUAUUUUAUGGUAUGAAGCCAAAUUACCUAUUUAAUUUUGUAUCUAAUUAAAAAAAAAAUACUAAUGUAAUCGCUAAAAUAUCCUUAGAUUAUAUCUAUGUUAGUUGUAUUUUGAGGAAUCUUAUUAAUGCGAAAAAAAUGUCAGUUGUGUACGUUUUUAAUAGAGAAUUAUUUUAAUUAUUGUAAAAUAAGGCUUAGUCAAGUUUAUCCAACAUGUUCAGAAAUUGUUAUAUCAUGAUUAGAUAAUUGAUUUUUUUAUUUCUUAGAAUUGCAGCUAGUUAUGCAGAAAGUAGCUAUCUUUUAUGAAUAUUCCAGGUAAUGUAACUGUUUUCUGCAUAACUGACCUCAAGUUAUUUUUAUGCUUAUCUAUAUAUCCAUAUAUAUAUAUAUAUAUAUAUAUAUAUAUAUAUAUAUAUAUAUAUAUAUAUAUAUAUAUAUAUAUAUUAAUAAAUACUACGUUUAACCAAAUUUGAGUGUUAACAAUUUUAAUAUUUUUGUUUAAGAGUCUUCACACUUAAAUGCGGCAACGUCUGCAUUAUCUGUUAAAUUUCAGAAGCAAUUUUUAAUAUUUUUGAAUGAUUAUCGGAAACCAUUACUAUGAACUAUAUAUAUGUCUCGCAGUCAUAUUAAUAUUUAAAGGGUAAAAUUGUAUUUAAAUAUUAAUAAAAAAAAUAAUAUGAAUCUUAUUACACUUUUUCAAUUAUCACUAACACAGAUAAAUAUAUACGUCUGAAUUUUGACAGGUGAUACAGAUGUCGCCACUUUUGCAAUACGAAAGGGUAUAUACUGCAAAACUAGCGACGUAACACAUUUUAAAAUGCACCAAAUUAAAAAAGCUUUUUUUGUGGUAAAGUUCAUAUGUAUUAAAGGUAAAUAUGGAAAGAAUAGGUAUUUAUUAAUGUUAUCAGAUAUUUUUGCGUGUUGCAGUUACAUUCCUGUAAUGUAAAUCGUGUAAAUAGCUAUAACAAUAAAAUCAGGUCACAAUAAAUAUAACAACCUGCUUUAUA